CCUGGCACGACACGAACUUCAAUUCCACCAACAUCUCUUUCUACUGCCACUCUCAUCUUUCAUAUUUGUACACGGUCGAUCUCACCCGACAAUUAUUGUGAUCGCCUUGUGUCCGUCUUGAUCGCCGCUUCUUCUUCCUGCAACCUCUUCCUUUUGCUUCCUUCCAGACCGUGUCGUCCAGCAACUCGCGCGUCGGGUCGAUCUCAGCAUUCUACACUCAUAUCGUUUCCCACUCCACCCUGUUGAACGUUGCCCAACAUGCCGGACGUCAAACGUUCCAUAAAGAUCAUUACCGAGCAGAAGAUCAUUCCUGGUGCCGAUAGCGGAGUUGCUGGUUUCCCUUUGCGACACUGGUCUAUGAGAAUUGUCCUGCUUCAUGCGGACACAAAGCAAGAGAUCGACGCAGACAUCCUGGAGUCAGUCACAUACGUGCUUCACGAGUCGUUCGGUGAUAAGGCAAGACAAGUCUUCAAGAAGCCACCAUUCCGCGUCUCUGAGGAUGGAUGGGGAGAAUUCGAGCUCAUGGUCGAACUCAAAGACCUUGGCGGCAAGACGCACAACAUCGUCCAUGACCUGAACUUCAACAGUGCUCGUUAUGAGACCAAGCAGAUCAUUACCUUCAAGAACCCCAAGGGCGCACUCCUUGAGGCUCUUCGUAACUCUGGUCCCAUCCCUGGUGAGACGGCCACCAAUGGCGCAGACACCGCUAGCAAGAAGCGCACAAGCGAAAUCGGCGCAGGUGGUGUUCAGAAGAAGAAGAAAGCUGGUGACAGCAAGGCCAUCGACAUGGACAAGUUGGCUGAAGGACUUCAGAAGCUUGGCGAAGAUGACCUUCUUCAGGUGGUACAGAUGGUCCAUGACAACAAGAGCGAGGAUUCCUGGAUGCGUAACGACGUCGAACAGGGCGAGUUCCACGUUGAUCUCUACACUCUUCCUGACAACCUCAUCAAGAUGCUCUGGGACUUCACAAGCGAAAAGAACGCCAUUUCUUUGUCUGCAUGA